AUGAGUAAAUCCCCUGGUCUCACUAUUGUACUGUUUGGAAACGCCUCUGCUGUUCACUUUGGAGACACAAAUAUACUACUAGGACCAAAGCAUGUUCUACCACUACAGACCUGUUUACCUAGAGAAACUAAAAUAUCUGGACAUGUUGUGUCAGUGUUCAACAUGCUUAACUUACAUCAAGAUGAUGAUGAUUCCCGAGUUCCUGUUGAGAACAUCACUGGUUGCUUAGUUAAUGAAAACAGCAUCCAUUCCUUUAUCUUCAUUCUGCAACUGGAGAUUUUUACAGAUGAUGAUAAACUGGGACUCGAAUGGCUGCAAAAAACGUUUGGAGAAAAUGUUCUUCCCUUUGUGAUGAUUCUCUUUACGUAUGACAGAAAGGAGGAUCAUGACUCCAUCAUAGAUGAUCUAAAGAGAAACAGUGUACUAGAGCAACUGAUAAAUAAAUGUGGAGGCAGGUACCACACAUGCAGCAGGAGUAUGGAUAACCAAUCAGAGAUGAGAACACUGGUGGAGAAGAUUAACAUCCUGGUCUCAGAGAGAAACCAACACUGCUACACCGCUGAGAUGUUCAACACAGCACUGAAGCUCAGAGAAGAUAAACAAGGACACAAGAGGAAGCAAGACUGUAGCUCUGACCUUUAUCAAGAAGCAGCAGAAACAAAAUUGGAAAAAAAGACAGAGCUUGGAGUAGAAGAACCUGGAUCAAAAUAUAAAGAAAAGAACAAAACAGAACAACUUCUAACUACACUUAAUCUUCUGGACAAACAGGAAGUAAAAAUGAAAACUUCAGAUGUUCUUCAACUAACUUCUCUUUCAUUCCAUGGCCAGGAAUCUUGUGAAGAAAAAGAUCUGGUUCAAACCUUCCUACAAAGGUUGUUAAUGAUGGAUUACAGAGCAAGAUACAUCACCACCAAAAAAGAGAAUACUGCUUUAGACCCUCCUUCUCCAGAUACAGAUGAAGAAGAACUUUAUGAAUUUGAUGAGCUUAUUUGGCAAAAAGCUGCAUCUUUUGAUGGUGAUACAAAUUCUAUCCAUCCCAUGGAUCUUCAGAUGGCGGUGUUCCACUGCUCAGACAGUUCCCUGAAGCAACUAAUAGUGACUAAACUCUCUCAGUGUCAGUAUGCGCUGCCUCUACUGGUGCCAAAUCCAAUUACUGGAAAGAUCGAGUUUCCUCUGUGGACAUUUCGCCAAAUUAUUAAAAGUUGGAAAACCACUGACACUUCUGGUACCAAGAUCAGUAAAACCCAGCAUGUUUAUGAAGCAGAAACUCCAAUGGUGGUGUUCUUCAGGUUAGGAGACGUGUCCUUUUCCAAGUCUCAGCUGAUGAACAGCUUGAUCAGUAAGAAGCAUGAUACAUUCUUCCACAGAAACUGUCCAGGCAGCAUUAAAAACCGUCUACUGAUGGAUGGAGUUGUGGAGAUUGCUUGGUACUGUCCAUCUGGAAAGGAAACUGAUCAUUUUACUGACUGUGUUGCUUUCUGUAAUCUACAUGGUGAUGCAGAAACCAGUAAAGAACAACUGGAUAUUCUGACUGAAAUGUCAUCUGUAAAUGUUGUUCUUUUAUCUGAUCCUAAAAAUGAAAGAAAUAAGGAGAUGCUACAGAACCUUCUGAAAGACCCCAAACCACUCAUCUGUCUCCUUUCUGAGGAUCAAUCAGGUGUCAGUAAGGUUAAUAAUAGAAAUUACAGAAUUGGCCUGAAAGACAGAAAUCAGUCAGACGUAUCUGAGAACCUCAGAACAACCAUUGCAGAGUGUCUGUCCAAGUCAUCUUCAGUUUUUAAACUUGAGGAUUUAAACAAAAACAAUGAGAUCAGCACAGAUGAAGAUGAUCCUGAAUGCAAGAAAGGAAAAGAAGCUGCACUAGAGAUAAUAAAACAGCUGGAGGGGAAGGAAAUAUCCACAUUAAAGGAAACACACCUGCCCUGUCAAGGGAAGCUCUGGUAUAAGUGGUGUCAGAUAAACAAAGACUUACAUCAACUUCAAGGAAACAAUUUAGAAAUGCAAAAGAGUGAAAAACAAACACAAAUGAAACAAAUCCGUGAACAGCAACAAGAAAUUGGACAAUCGGCCUUUAUGAAAAAAAUUGUUUCCUUACUGAAUUCUCUAUCAGGAAAUGAAAAAUCAUUCUUUAUUAAAUGGCUCGAGAUUCUACUGGACAAACAAACCUCAGAUGAUCUUUCAGAUCUUCAUCACAAGUACAAUGAAACAUGGACAAGGGUUUUAGACCUCAAAAAGAAACAUGAUCAAUCCAAAAUGAUGAAGGCUGAGCAAACAGUACUUGAGGAAAUUUCCAUGAAACUGAAUGCAGCAACAUUUGGUCUGGAACACAUCUUCAGAGAGAUGGGUCAGAUAUACGAGUCAAGUCAAAAAACAUCUGGAGAAAGAAGCAUCUUCAAUCUUCCCAAAUAUGCUGCAGAACUCAUAAAAUCUGGUCUUCCAAUGGAGCUGAUGGAUGGUGAUGCUGCUCAUGUUCCUCUGAUUUGGGUUUCAGCAGUUCUAGAUGAACUUAUAAAGAAACUGGGAGACCAGAGAGUCUUUGUGCUGUCAGUUCUAGGGAUUCAGAGCACAGGAAAAUCCACCAUGCUGAAUGCCAUGUUUGGACUCCAGUUUGCUGUCGGUGCUGGAAGGUGCACCAGAGGAGCCUUCAUGCAGCUGGUCCGAGUAUCAGAGGAGAUGAAGGAGCAGCUGAAGUUUGACUACAUUCUUAUUGUAGAUACUGAAGGGCUUCGAGCACUUGAGCUUGAAGGAAAAUCCACUCACCAUCACGAUAAUGAACUGGCAACAUUUGUUGUAGGUCUUGGAAAUCUGACUUUGAUCAACAUAUUUGGUGAGAACCCUGCUGAGAUGCACGAGAUUCUUCAGAUUAUUGUUCAGGCCUUUCUGAGAAUGAAGAAGGUCAAACUAAAUCCCAGAUGUAUGUUUGUCCAUCAGAAUGUUGGUGACAUCACUGCUGGAGAGAAGAACAUGGAGGGCAGGAGACGUCUACAGGAAAAACUGGAUGAAAUGACAAAAUUAGCUGCUAAAGAGGAAGACAGUGAAGCUGGAUGCUUCAGUGAUGUUAUUGCUUUCAAUGUACAAGAUGAUGUUCAGUAUUUUGCACAGCUCUGGGAGGGCAGCCCACCAAUGGCUCCACCAAACCCCUCAUACAGUGAAAAUGUUCAGAAGCUAAAGAGCGCUAUUUUCACAAAUGCUACCAAGUCUCAUGGUAUGAAGCUCUCAGAGUUUAAAUCACGCAUCAGUGAUCUGUGGAAGGCUCUACUGAACGAGAACUUUGUUUUUAGCUUCAAAAACACACUGGAGAUUGCAGUCUACAGGAAACUAGAAACUGAGUUCGGAAAAUGGACCUGGUCCCUCAGAAGUGCCAUGUUAGAACAUGAAGAAAAACUGCACACCACAAUUAAAAACAGAAAACUGCAAAAGAUUGAGGACAAAGACCUUUAUGAUCACAUGAAGAAGACCAAAGAAGAAGUGGAGAAAUCAAUGAAGUGUUACUUUGAAGAGGACAGAGACAAAGUCAUUUUAAUUCAAUGGCAAGUUAAAUUUGAACACAAAAUUAAACAACUUUUUGAAGAUCUUGUCAAAAAUGCAAAAACAAACCUGAAUGAUUUACUUCAGCAGCAAAAAGCUCGAGAAGCUUUUAAUCACAAAAAGACAGAGUAUGAUGAAAAGCUCUUCAAUAUGAGUAAAGCACUUGCUCUACAACUAAAAAGCACAGAAACUGAUGAACGAGUACUGAGACAGGAAUUCGAUAAAGUGUGGAACAAAUGGGUCUCUGAUCUAACACGAGACACUCCUUCAGGAAAAGCUUUUAAUGUUUGGGAGGAUGUGAUACAGAUUCUGUCUGAAGAUAAUGAACAAGCUGCUGUACAUGAGCGAAUAUCUCAGAAAGAUUACACAAAGAUAGACAAACUAGGUGAUUAUUCACGCUACAUUCUCUUAACCAAGCACGAAGAAGGGAAAAGACAUUUGGAGGAAGUGCAAGUCACUAAAAAAUCUAAGGUCAAAAAUGAAAACAAUUUACUUCCUGAAAAACUAAAAUUCUGGAAAACUGGUUUUUCUUUAUUUCAAUCACACAGUGAGUCAGAGAUAAAUCCUUUGUAUUUUGAAGAACAUGAGUUAGUGAGAAAUUUGAUCAGAAAUGUCAUCCAAGAAUCUGAGGAUUUAAUCAAGAAGAUCUGCAGCAAAAUUACAGGACUGGGGUACAAAAACAACUACAUUCAGGAAAUAACUGACCAGGUCAAACACAAAGUUGGGCAAUAUCACAGUGAGAACAAGAAAAUAAAGCUGAAGAAGGAAUUUACUCUGGAUCUCUGUCUUCAUGUGUGUCACCUUGCAAAUCCCAAAUUCAUCAAGAUCCACCAACAGUUCAGAGAUAAAAAUGAUGUAAAAUUUUAUCUGGAAAAGCAGAAACCACAAUAUUACAGCAUCUUCCAAAACUACUGCAGAGGAGCAACAACCACAACAGUAUUUGGUGAACUUGUCUACAACAGUCUUGUACCAGCCAUCCUGGAAGCAGCCUACAAUAAAACUGCUAUUGAUCUGUCAACACAGAUGAGAUCAGACAUGCCAGAAUUUAAUGGUAACAGAUCACAUCUUGAGAAACACAUCCUGAAAUCUCUGGCAGAGGAGGAGAACUUUGAGAAGUACAUGGAGUACAUCAACCAUCCCAAGAAACACUUUGAACGGUUUAUUACAAAAAAGGUUAAUAAAUACAUCACUGAAAAUAACAGUGAGGUUCUGAAUCUUUUCAAAGGAAACCUGAAACACAAAGAGCAGAAAGUGAUGAACGCUGUAAACAUCACAACUGAAAAAGUGAAGAACAGCAGUGGUGAUGCAAACAUGUGGCUGAGAAGUUUGAAGAAUUCACUAACAGAUGAGCUGAGCUUAAAAAAAAUAACCUGCAGUGGUCUGAAGGAAAUUACAGAUUUAGAUUUUCUUCGGCAGUUUGUGUGUGAAGGUCUCACAAAGAUGAUGUCAAAACAACAUAAAAGCUUCAACAGUGUAACAGACAUCAACAUGGAGAAGUUCAGGAAGAAACCAGAUGAGAUUCUGAUUGAACAUCUCUGUCAUUGCUGCUGGGCUCAGUGUCCAUUCUGUAAAGCCAUCUGCACCAACACAAUGGAGGAUCAUGAUGGAGAUCACAGUGUCCCCUUCCACAGAGUAGAUGGAAUCAUAGGAUGUUACUACAGAUAUACAACAAAUCUCAAUGCUGAUAUUUGUACAACUUUAGUACAAAGUGAUAAAGGUUUCUACCCCCGUCAUGAUACAGAUGAUACAGUACCUUUUAAACAAUACAGAAGAGCAAAAGGAAAAUAUGCUAGGUGGAGCAUCACUCCUGAUAAUUCAGAGCUCACAUACUGGAAGUGGUUUGUGUGCAGAUUCCAAAGAAACCUGGAGCAGUACUAUGGUAAAACAUUCCAGGGAAACGGAAAGAUUCCCACUGGAUGGAAAAAAUACACAAAAACACAAGCUAUAGAGAGUCUGUAUGAAUACAUCUGA